AUGCAAGUUGACGGAAAUUUCUGGAUCCCAACGGAAGGGCGCGUGGACGACUUCCAAAUACUCAGCCUUCGAACGAUCGCCUGGAAAGCCGAGGACAAAAGAACAAGAACUGGUGGUCUGGAGGCGUUCAAGGCACUUCUAUCUCCUUUGUGUUUUGUCUACCCAGUAGAAAUUUUGUUAAGAGGAACAUACGUAAGUAUGCACUUUAAGCUACGAAAUAGAUUAUGA